AUGCAAGCCACUCUGUCGCUGGAGCAGCCUCCGCAAGCGCAGACCACUUGCCACCUGGAAAAUGCAGUCCGGUUUAAAGGAAAACCGCUCGGAUCAGGGAACUGGCUCGAACAAGAGGGCCACAUUUGUAUCCGGAUUGAUUUUACCUCUAAUCUGGCAGCUCUGAGGAGGCGUAAUCGCGGAGAUGUUGACAUCAGGAGGCAGUUUUUAGACCUGCAUUAA